CAAACCAAUGACGUAUAACACAUCACAGAAAUAUGUCUGCGCCCAUGAACAUGCUUCGGACGUAUCGAAAAUUGUCUAAUUUCAGCUCCAUUCUGCAGAAUUUUAAGAAAGAGAAGCAGAAGAAUGUUUUCUGUAUUUCCAUAAGAUGCUUGAGUCUACAGGAGUAUCAAAGCAAGAAGCUUAUGUUGGAUAAUGGGAUCAAUUGUCAGAAGUUUGUUGUUUGCAGCUCCGUCGAAGAGGCCAAAACAGCAGCCAAAAAACUAGAGGUUGAUGAAUAUGUGAUAAAGGCUCAGAUUCUGGCUGGAGGCAGAGGGAAAGGUGUGUUUUCUAAUGGAUUCAAAGGAGGAGUCCAUCUCACAAAGAACCCAAGUGAAGUGGAGGGUCUGGUCACAAGUAUGCUGGGACACAAACUAAAGACAAAACAAACAACAGGAGAUGGAGUCAAAGUGUCAAAGGUGAUGGUGGCCGAGGCAUUAGACCUAGCCAGGGAGACCUACUUUGCCAUUGUGUUAGACAGAUCAUUUGCAGGACCAGUGAUAAUUGGCAGUAAGCAUGGAGGAAUGGACAUAGAAGAAACUGCCGCUACAGACCCACACUCUAUUAUCAAGGAGCCAGUAGAUAUAAUGACUAGUGUCACAGAGAGGCAAUGUCUGUCAGUGGCUGAGAAGCUGGGAUUCCAGGGCAACAAUCUACAAACAGCAGCUGACCAGAUUCGUAGGCUUUAUGAAUUGUUUGUUAAAGUGGACGCCACACAGGUGGAAAUCAAUCCCUUCGGAGAAACCCCUGAUGGCAGAGUUGUUUGUUUUGAUGCCAAGAUCAACUUUGAUGACAAUGCUGCUUUUAGACAGAAGGAAGUAUUUGCUAUGGAUGAUAUGGCAGAAACCGAUCCCCGAGAAAUUGAAGCUAGUCGACUAAAACUGAAUUACAUAGCCCUGGAGGGGAGCAUAGGAUGUCUCGUGAAUGGUGCUGGUCUCGCCAUGGCAACAAUGGACAUUAUCAAACUUCACGGAGGGGAACCAGCUAACUUUUUAGAUGUCGGAGGGGGGGUGUCAGAACAGCAAGUCCAUGAUGCUUUCUUUCUCCUCAUGGGAGACUCACAUGUGAAGACAAUUUUAGUGAAUAUAUUUGGAGGUAUUGUAAACUGUGCUACUGUUGCUACAGGGAUAAUCAAAGCCAGUAAGAAAUUACAUCUGGAGCUUCCACUCGUAGUCAGAUUAGAAGGUAACAAUGUAGAGGAAGCCAAGAAAAUUCUGGCAGAAAGUGGAAUGAAGAUCACCGUAGCCGACGGUUUUAACGAUGCAGCUCGCCUCUCAGUGCAAUCGGCAUCUACAGCUUAACUGUGAUAAUACUAGGCAUUUGUUUUAAUAAUGCCAAAUUCCAAAAACUUGUAUCCGUAAAUCCAGGAGGAUUGUGUACAUUAGAUUUAUAGGUGCUUUUUGAGAAUGAGUGAUGAUUUUAUGAUUUCAAUUAGUAAGUUGAGAAAUUAACAUUUAUUCAAUUUUUUUGAUGGGCAUUUACUAGUAGAAUACCUUUAAAGUAAACAAUGAUUUAAUUUAAUAUCAUAUUUUAUUUAGAUUCUUCCCUUUUGUAUUUGAUUUGUCCAUUGUCCAGAAAUGCUUAAUGCUAGUGUGCACGUUACUGAAAAUAUUUUAUUUGUGCACACGUGUCAUGAAAUUUGCAUAUGUAUAUGUAUAUAAAAUGUACCGAGGUAAGUUAAUUUCUACUUUAAUUAUUAUUAAAAAGUUUUGAAGAUUUAUAUAUAAACAGUAUUAUUUUAUAGAUAUGCUGUAAACUAUGCUUUACAUCUGAUCAUUAAAGGAAAUCUUCACACUAUUACCUUUAUACAAGCUCUCUAAAUUUUACUUCCAUUUACAUCAUACUAUUGAUAUAACAAAUAUGUUUUUAUUUCAUACGGUUCAGUAAAGUUGCUCCAUGGGAUUUUUAUAUACUUUUUUCCCGAUGAUUAUUGGCAUUAUAAAACACUUCAAAUUUGUUUUUGAUAUUUCCAGUCCACUUAAAUAGAGGGAAUGGGAAAAUCAAUCAUAUUUUAAAAUGAUUUAAGUAUUGUACGGUACUUGUACCAUUUACAAUGUAGGUUACUCUUCCAAAUAAAGCCAAUUCAAAAGAAAAA